CUUUUAUUUUGGUGUGGUGACAUGACGCCAUAAUGCUGCACCGCGCUCCUGCAUCGGUUGAUUCGGCUGAAGAAAGGACAGAGUGUCUAAAGACAGAAAAACUCCUGGUGAAGCGACUGAGAUCCAUGUGACACACUAUUAAAAAGAUGGCGUUUAUUAAAGAGGAGAGUGAAGAUAUAAAGAUGGCGUUUAUAAAAGAAGAGAGUGAAGACAUGAAGAUUGAAGAAACAUUCAGAGUGAAACAAGAAGAUACUGAGGAACAAACAGACCUGAUGGUGCUGAAAAAAGAGGCUGAAGUACUGAAUGAAAUGGAAGAGAAAGAUCAAUACAAGAAUCAUCCUGAUUUCAUAACUGGAGAAAAAACUUUUAGUUGCUCGCAGACUGAAAAGACUUCCUCACGAAAAAGGGCUAAAAAGACAAAAACUAUAAGGAAUUUCACCUGCCAACAGUGUGGAAAGAGUUUUGCUGAAAAGAUGCACCUUGAAAGACACAUGAGAGUUCACACUGGAGAGAAGCCUUACACCUGCCAACAGUGUGGAAACCGAUUCACUUUAAAAGGAAGCCUUACCAGGCACAUGAGAAUUCACACUGGAGAGAGACCUUACAGAUGCCCUCAGUGUGGAAGAAGUUUCAGUUGUAAAGGACACCUUAAAGCCCACAUGAGAGUUCACACUGGAGAGAAGCCUUUCGUCUGCCAAGAGUGUGGAAACAGAUUCACUCUAAACGGAAGCCUUAAAAAGCACAUGAGAAUUCACACUGGAGAGAAGCCUUUCACAUGCCAUCAGUGUGGAAAUACUUUUGCUCAAAAAGUAAGCCUUAACAGGCACAUGAUAAUUCAUACUGGAGAGAAGGCUUACACAUGCCUUCAGUGUGGAAAGACUUUUGCUCAAAAAGUAAGCCUUAACAGACACAUGAGAAUUCACGGUGGAGAGAAGCCUUUCGCCUGCCAACAGUGUGGAAGAAGUUUCAACCUAAAAGGAAACCUUAAAGUCCACAUGAGAAUUCACACUAAGAAGAGCCUUUUCACCUGCCAACAAUGUGGAAUAAGUUUCACUCAAAAAGAAAGUUUUAACAGACACAUUAAAAUCCACACUAUAGAGAAGCCUUACACCUGCCAACAGUGUGGAAGGAGUUUUGAUCAACAUAAAAACUUUAAAGUCCACAUGAGAUUUCACACUGGAGAGAAACCAUACAUGUGCACUCAGUGUGGAAAGAGUUUCAAUCAAAAACGAAACUUUAAAGAUCACAUGAGAAUUCACACUGGUGAUCAGCCCUACACAUGUCCUCAGUGUGGAAGAAGUUUCAAUCAGAAAGGACACUUUGAAGACCACAUAAGAAUUCACACUGGAGAGAAACCUUUCACCUGCCAACAGUGUGGAAAAAGUUUCAACCGAAAGGAAAUCCUUAACAGACACAUGAGAGUUCACACUGGAGAGAAGCCGUUUACAUGUGGUCACUGUGGAAAAAGUUUUGGGUAUAAAAUAGCCCUUAAGUGCCACAUGAGUAUUCACGUAUGAGAGAACUGUUUUUGUACAUCAUCAGUGUGGAAUGAAUUUCACAGACAGGAAACACAUCAUGUUUGAGAGACUGUAUAAUGUGCUGAUAAUUGUUAUGGUGCUAAAUCACCUUAGAGGGCUAAAAUCCCUAUGAAUGACCAGUGACUACGAGAGAAAUAAAGUAGCCAGAGUAAAAAAAUUAGAUUCAAUUAAUUGAUUACUCAAAUGAAGAAUGAACUACAGUAGUCAACAUUUGAAGUGUAUCAAAACCUUUCAUCAAAGUUGUCCUAAAACCUUCUUCUUAGGACAACGUAGUUCUUAGGACAACUUUUCUGAUCCACUUCAAAUGUUGACUACUAUAGUUACAUAUUUACAUGUCAACAGAAGCAUAAAUCUGUAUCAAAUAAAAUACAUAUUACUGUGUAGGCCUGUACAAAAUAAUAAACAAACAAUAUAACAGAAACAGGCUUUUGAUUCAAAAGAAACAGAGACGUGGCGAUCUGGAAAAGCCGCUUUUCAACUGUCAUGCCAGGGCUUUCAACGGUUGGGGCUAUUGGCCUUGGACCUGUAGGAUCGAGCCCAAAAUCACACGGUUUCCACCGUCGUGCCAGAAGGUCCACAGCGCUUUACUAAAAUCCUACCUUAACACUUCUCUCUGAAACGAUGUCACACAACCCCAUCAUUUCACCAUCAAAGGGAAGUUUUAUUAGACUGGAAACUAGCGAGAUUGCAAAAUGAACAAUGUUUGCCUUUUUGUUUUUUACUUAAAGAUUUUAAAGCAAGCAUCAAUGUUUUACUAUAAAAAGUGAUACAUUGAUAAUGAAUUAAUUUGUGUCAGGAUUGCACAGUAAUCAUACAGAAAUAAAGUGGUUUUUACCAUUAUUUCACAAAAGAGGGAAAAGACGCGUACUUAUUUAGUCACGUGUUUCUUUUUAUUUGUAGUCACAGGAUAGAUUAAACUCUGGGGUUUUUGUCCGAAAGCAUGAAUAUUGAAAAAAAAAAUAUAUAUAUAAAAUCUCAUGUUUACAUCACAUUUCCUUUGAAAGAAUGAUAAUUUCUAUAAUUUUUCAACCAUCUGAGGAGCUUUAAGCGCUGUCACCAGUCCCAAUAUAUCGUUAUCAUUUGAGCCAGAGAAACAGAGGGAGCUCCUGAAUGAAAAACAGGAGUUAUGAUGGAGUAUAUAUUAUGGCAUAUGUGCAGUACAGUACAAAGAGAUGAGGCGUAUUGACAAAAUAUUGUGAUGUAUGAUUUGUCUGGUUACUUCUAGCGGUGUCUUUACUGUUUACUUUGUAACGUUUAGCAUGCAAAGCCUUUUGCAUCGCAUAUAAAUAUAUUUCUGUCUUAUACGUUGAUAAGAGUCGACACUGGAUCCCAAACACAAAUUACUUCAAACACUCGCUGCUGUCUGAAAGUGAGUUUUGAGUCAAAAUGAUUUUAAAUGUCUUUAAUGCAUAUGUAGCUGGUAGCUAUGUAUGAAAUGAUCAGCAGUGCUGACCCUCUCCAGACUCGGAUAAACUCCACCUUUGUUGAUGACCGCUCCUCAAGCCAGAGUUGGCCUGCUUUGGAUUAAGGUAUUUGGUGGGCCAAAAAACCCUGGGUUUGGCCUUGAUGAGGCCAGAUCAAGCCCCAGAAGCGGCUAAUAAUGUGGUGGAAAGAAGGUUCUCAGUCUUAAUAAGACCCAAUAAUUUCAGGGAAAGUCCACUUAAUGGAGGGCAAGAGAGCAGAUAGUAUCACAGUUCAUGGGUCUGUGUGUUGCUGUCGGAUUGCUUGUUAACCACGGUGCAGGUGAGAUAACGCUCCUAUAUCUACCUCGUGUUUUGCUGUUUGUUAUCAGAUCGUUGUUUGCUCGGUUUUUUUUCUACUUCUCUUUUCCUGUUUUUGCAUCCUGCCUUGUGUAGAUUUACUUCUGCCGAGCUGUUUCUGGAUUACUCAUUCACUUCCGUUUCGAAACAGCUUAUUGCGGUCUCUGUGCACCUAGGGCCUACUAUUCAUCUGAAUGACAACAACAUCUGACCAUUUGCCUUGCAUUAUUUUCCUGUGCAUUAUAAAUAAAAUUUCUUGUUGCACUCACAA